GUUUCGAAUCGAGAAGUGUUUGAAGGAAGGCCUGAUGGGUUCUUCUAUACCAUGAGAUCGUUUGGAAAGAAACUGGGAUUGGUUUUCUCCGAUGGCCCAACGUGGCACAGGACCAGACGUUUCGUGCUGAAAUAUUUAAAGAAUUUCGGUUACAACUCCCGUUUCAUGAACGUUUACAUAGGCGAAGAAUGUGAAGCCCUCGUGCAGCUGCGUUUAGCCGAUGCUGGAGAGCCGAUUCUGGUCAAUCAGAUGUUCCACAUUACAAUAGUCAACAUACUUUGGAGAUUGGUUGCCGGGAAAAGAUAUGAUUUAGAAGACCAACGACUUAAGAAACUGUGCAGUCUUGUGAUGCGUUUGUUCAAGCUAGUCGAUAUGAGCGGAGGGAUCCUUAAUUUUCUUCCAUUCCUGAGACAUUUUGUACCAAGGCUUAUCGGGUUUACUGAACUUCAAGAAAUACAUAACGCUCUUCACCAAUAUUUACGGGAAAUAAUAAAAAAACACCAAGAAAAUUUACAACUUGGGGCCCCAAAGGAUGUGAUCGAUGCUUUUCUCAUUGAUAUGUUGGAAUCUCAAGAUGAUAAACCAACGCUUGAUGAUCUACAAGUAGUUUGCCUUGAUCUACUUGAAGCGGGCAUGGAGACAGUUACUAAUACCGCUGUAUUUAUGCUCCUGCACGUUGUCAGAAACGAGGAUGUGCAAAGGAAACUACACCAGGAAAUAGAUGACAUAAUCGGUCGCGAUCGUAAUCCUUUGCUUGACGACAGAAUAAGAAUGGUGUACACAGAAGCGGUAAUUCUUGAAACUCUGAGGAUAUCGACUGUCGCAUCUAUGGGCAUACCUCAUAUGGCUCUCAAUGACGCUAAGCUCGGAAAUUAUAUUAUACCAAAGGGGACUUUUAUUUUAUUGUCACUGUACGAGCUGCAUCACGGACCACAUUGGAAAGAUCCAGAAACAUUCCGACCGGAACGAUUCCUGACUAAAGAAGGCAACAUCUUACAAGACGAGUGGCUCAUACCUUUUGGAAUCGGAAAACGUCGUUGUAUUGGGGAAGGAUUAGCACGCUCUGAACUCUUCAUGUUCCUUACUCAUAUCCUUCAAAAAUUCCACCUCAGAAUACCUAAAAAUGAACCGUUGCCGUCAACUGAACCCAUCGAUGGACUUUCAUUGUCUGCUAAGCAAUUCAGGAUUAUUUUCGAAUCGAGAAAAACAUUUAAGAGUAUUUAAAUUUUCAU